CGUCGUAAGAAAAAUGUCGUGAAUCCGAGAAUAAUUGACGUGUUUCAAGUUUCAACUUUCAAGUCUCAUUUCAACAUAAAACAAGAUAUUCAUUUCAGAGACGAAACCGAUCUAUCUAAUCGAGAAAAUGGCGAGUCCGGAGGAGGUUAGGUUGGAUCAACUCCCUCACGCUCUGCUUGCCACCAUCAUGACCAAACUCGACGUCGCUUCCAUCUGUUCAUUAGCCACCACCGCCUCCACCUUCCGCUCUUGCGCCAAACACAUCCUUUCCUUCCUCCCUAAUUUCCAUCUCAUCGACGUUGCGCCAUCUGGAAACUUACUCACGCCGUUGCUGCCACGUAAUCCGUAUCUUAAGAGUCUCAAAGUUGAUUGUGAUCGUCUUGAUGAUUCUUCAAUAUCUCUAUUGGUCAAACCCUCACUUCAUGAGCUUUCUCUGUAUAAUUGUUCUGAUUUCAGUGGGAAACUUCUUUCUGAGAUCGGUACUCAAUGCAAGGACCUAAGAUCUCUUUACUUGGGUUCGGUUGCAGAAAAAAGAGGGAGGUCAAUUCACAUAUCUGAUCUGGAGGAAUUACUCACUGGUUGCUCCCAGUUAGAAGUUUUGAUUUUGAUGUUUGAUGUCUCUCUCUUUCUACGUCAUAACUUGGCUCGAGUUUGGGCUUCUGCGUCUGAGAAACUUACUUCUCUUGAGAUUGGAUAUAUUUCUUCAGUUACAGUGAUCGAACUGUUCAGUUCAAAUUUGGGAUCUCAUCAGCCCCUUAAUCCUAUUCAACCAUCCAUACUUCCUGGAAUUCAGAAAUUGUGUCUUUCUGUGAACUAUAUAACAGAUGCAAUGGUUAACACAAUAUCCAAAGGUCUCGUCUUUUUGACCCAUUUGGAUCUUCGUGAUGCACCAUUUGUUGAACCAAGAAUUACAUUUGAUCUAACCAACGCUGGUCUUCAGCAAAUUAAUCAACAUGGGAGAUUGAAACAUCUUUCAUUGAUCCGAAGCCAAGAGUUCAUAAUUUGUUACUUUCGAAGAGUGAAUGAUCUAGGAUUACUUUUAAUGGCUGAUAAGUGUGCAAACAUGGAGAGCAUAUGUCUUGGCGGCUUUUGUCGUGUCACAGACACAGGAAUCAAAACUAUCCUGCAUUCUUGCUCUCGUCUAUACAAACUUAAGGUCACUCAUGGGACUCAAUUAACUGAUCUAGUUUUUCAUGAUAUCUCUGCAACAUCCCUUACUUUAACACAUGUGAGCUUAAGAUGGUGCAAGCUCUUAACCAAUCAUUCAGUUUUUAGUUUGACAUCAAACAAGGAACUUAAAGUUCUUGACUUGAGAGAUUGUAGAAGCCUUGGGGAUGAAGCUCUCCGAGCCAUUGGCAUACUUUUGAGACUAAAGAUUUUACUUAUUGAUGGCUCUGAUAUAACUGAUGCUGGACUUUCAUACCUACGGUCUACCGUUAUUAAUUCACUGUAUGCAUUGUCUCUUCGAGGGUGCAAGAGGCUCACUGAUAAAUGCAUAACAGUUCUAUUUGAUGGGUGUGGCAAGUUGGAAUUAAGAGACUUGGAUCUAUCCAAUCUUCCUAACCUCUCAGAUAAUGGUGUUCUAGAGUUGGCAAAAAGCCGAAUUCCUUUUUUGGAUCUCCGAAUGCGACAAUGCCCUCUAAUUGGCGAUACCUCGAUCAUGGCUUUAGCUUCAAUGAUGACUGAUGAUGCUGGAUGGUAUGAAAGCGGUCUGCGCUUGUUGGAUAUGUAUAACUGUGGUGGCAUUACGCCACUUGCUUUUCGCUGGCUAAAGAAACCGUAUUUUCCAAGGCUUAAAUGGUUGGGAGUGACUGGAAGUGUUAAUAGAGACAUGGUAGAUGCUUUAGCUAGAAGUAGACCUUUCUUGUAUGUGGCAUGCAAUGGUGAGGAACUUGGGCCCGACCCUUGUGAUAUGUCAGAUGGCUUAUAUACACAUGAUUAUGACGAGGUGGAUGAAUUUGAGCAGUGGCUUCUCGAAGCUGAUAUUGAUGAAGCUGAUAUUGAGAAUGAUGAUGAAGAAAUGGUCGAUGCUGAAAAUGAGGAAGAACCGAUCAUGUAGUUUGCUAUUGAACACUUUGUAGAUGUCUAUUAAGUCUGUUUGUUGUAACUUAUUCUCUUGGGAGAUGUUACUCCCCCAUAUGUUUUAGCAUCCAAGACUUUUCUCUGAUCUGUUAUGUAUCUUGUUGUGGGUAAGUUGUGUAAUAGUUUAUUACCUUUGUUUUAACUAAAAGUAACCUUUUUAUGAGGUUUUUUCUCUCUCUCAAGAUCUUUGCCUUGUAAUUUUUGGGAACUUGUGGUGUGCCCACACCAUUCAAUGAUUUUUAAAGAUCUUAAAAGUUUAUGUCAGCUGACUCCACUUAGUGGGAUAA